CUUUUUUUUUUCAGAAAAGAAGCACCCUACACAAAUAAAAAAAGUAUUUUCUCUGCUAGGCUAAGGCCAAUACCAUACUUUAUUUAUUCCUCUCCACAUCCAAUACGAAAAAAGGAAAGAAAUUUUCUCCUUUUCUCUCCUCUCUUUCAGUCUUUCUCCUUUCCUCCUCUCCAUUCUCUCCACGAAGCUGCUCUCGCAGGAUCCGAAUCCAAGCUCGUCCGUUGCCACUGGCUGUGGGCCCCACGCUCCCUGCUCCCUCCCUCCUCGCCCCAGCCAUUGCCCUGUUCUUGAUUUGAUCCGGCGCGCGGCUUCGCGGGCGCACUCGAGGCUGCAUUUUCUUUCCGGUCAAGAUUCGGUCCGGAGAGGCCGUUUCCGCGCGAUUUCGCGGGCCAUUUGGGCAUUUUCGUCGGAUUUGCUCUGGCUCCCGUGGUCGGGUGGAGCUGUGAAAUGCGGCUCUUUGGCAUCAAAUUCCAAUCUUUUCCUGCUACCUUCUUGGCAUCUUCUUCCCCGAUUAGCUAGGAUUUGUAUAGAUUCUGAUUUGUAGGUUCUUGGCUUCCUCCUCGUGGUUUGCGGUUGGUGUGGUUAUGCCAUUAGUUCGUGAUUUGUAUCUGUGAUUGUGUGAAAAUCUGAGUGUGGAGAUUUGGGAGGUCUUCUCCUUACUGUGCUCUAUGAGGAGCAGCUUCCUGUCGGAGUCGCCGUGCGACGAGCAGCACAUCCAUGGCUAUGGCUUCAACCCUCAGUCAUGGCUGCAGGUGGGGCGGGGGAAGCUGCCCAAGUCAUCUUACUCGCCUUCCUCCAUUGAGUCACUCAUAAAGAUCGCUGAGCCGCCUGUAGUGCCGUUGUAUAAGCCUUCGGAUUAUGUCGAGGUGCUUUCGAGGAUCCACGAGGAGCUCGAGCAAUGCACGCCAAGCGAGUGGCCAGGGAUGUAUUUGGUCCAGUCCCAGGUGUUUCGGGGCCUUGGGGAGGCGAAAUUGCGCCAGAGGAGCCUGCACUCCGCGUGGCGCUGCGCAAGCACCGUGCAUGAGAAGAUCAUAUUUGGGGCGUGGCUGCGAUACGAGAAGCGGGGGGAGGAGAUCAUAUCUGACGUCCUUGCAUCAUGUAGGAAGUGCUGCCGAGAGUUUGGGCCACUUGAUGUUGCUUCCGAGAUGCCCGUGGGAAAUUGUGAGGUAAUUGGUUCGUGUGAGGCGGGCUCCUCGUCUCAAGUUUCUUCCAUGGUGACCUUUCAAAUACGGGAUGGGAGGGUGGCAUGUGAUAGGUGCAAGAUUGCAUCUUUGUCAAUCCCAUUUCGCUCCAUGCUUAAUGGACCAUUCACUGAGUCCCAGCUUGAGCUUGUUGAUUUGUCAGAGAAUGGUAUUUCGUUGGAGGGCAUGAGAGCUAUUUCUGAGUUUAGUUCUACAUAUAGCAUAGGGGAUUUGCCUUUGGAAAUCUUGUUGGAGAUCCUGGUGUUUUCAAACACAUUUUGUUGUGACAGGCUAAAAGAUGCCUGUGAUAGGAAACUGGCUUCUUUUGUUUCAUCAAGGCAGGAUGCUGUUGAGCUUAUGGCACUAGCAUUUGAAGAAAAUGCGCCAGUUCUUGCUGCUUCUUGCUUGCAAAUGCUUUUACAUGACCUUCCCAAUUGUCUAACUGACGAGUUAGUAAUUAGCCUCUUCUUGAAUGCGACUGCACAGCAACAUCAUAUCAUGGCUGGACAUGCCUCCUUUUUGUUAUACUGCUUGCUUAGCGAAGUUGCAAUGAACAUUGAUCCGAGGACAGAGACAACUGUAUGCUUGUCAGAGAAGCUAGUUCAAUUGGCAGUUACUCCUACUCAGAAGCAAAUAGCUUUUCAUCAGCUCGGAUGCAUUAGACUUUUGAGAAAGGAAUAUAAUGAAGCUGAACGCCAAUUUGAGGUUGCCUUCUCUGCUGGUCAUGUGUACUCCAUUGCUGGUCUGGCUAGAAUCGCUGGCAUACAAGGCAAAAAGGAUUUGGCUUAUGAGAAGCUUGGUUCAGUCAUAACAUCAAGUGUGCCACUAGGGUGGAUGUAUCUGGAGAGGUCUUUGUAUUCUGAAGGUGAUAGAAAGUUGGCAGACCUUGACAAAGCAACCGAGCUGGACCCUACUCUUGCUUACCCUUACAUGUAUCGAGCUGCAUCCUUGAUGAGAAAGAAAGAUGCUAAACUUGCCUUAGAGGAAAUCAACAGACUCCUGGGUUUCAAGCUAGCGUUAGAGUGCCUGGAGCUCCGGAUUUGUCUAUACUUGGCUCUUGAAGACUUUAAUUCUGCCCUCUGUGAUAUCCAUGCGAUUCUUACUCUUUCUCCUGAGUACAGGAUGUUGGAAGGACGUGUCACAGCUUCCAAAAUAGGCACACUUCUGGAGGCACAUGUCGAGCAGUGGAAUACAGCUGAAUGUUGGCUCCAACUGUACGAGCGCUGGUCAUCAGUAGAUGAUAUUGGUUCGCUUUCAGUGAUCUACAGGAUGCUUGAGUCAGAUGCAGCAAAAGGUGUUCUGUACUUUAGGCAAUCUUUGCUGCUCCUUAGGUUGAACUGUCCUGAAGCAGCAAUGCGCAGUUUGCAAUUGGCACGACAACAUGCAGCAACUGAGCAUGAACGGCUAGUAUACGAGGGGUGGCUUUUGUAUGACACUGGGCACUGUGAGGAGGCCCUACAAAAAGCAGAAGAAUCUAUUUCUAUUCAAAGGUCAUUUGAGGCUUUCUUUCUGAAAGCCUACGUUUUGGCUGACUCAGGAGUUGAUCCUUCUUGUUCUGCGACUGUUAUCUUGUUUCUUGAAGAUGCUUUGAAGUGCCCUUCAGACCGGCUUCGGAAGGGUCAGGCUUUGAACAACCUUGGUGGUGUCUAUGUUGAUUGUGGGAAGUUAGACUCAGCAGCUGAUUGCUAUACAAGUGCACUGAAGAUUCGACACACCAGGGCCCAUCAAGGUCUUGCUCGCAUUCAUUUUCUCAGGAACAACAAGGAAGCUGCAUAUGAUGAAAUGACAAAGUUGAUUGAGAAAGCUAAAAACAAUGCUUCAGCUUAUGAGAAGCGCUCGGAAUAUUGUGAACGAGAACAAACUAUGACAGAUUUGCAAAUUGUCACCCAAUUGGACCCUUUACGUAUUUAUCCAUACAGAUAUCGGGCAGCAGUACUGAUGGAUAGCCACAAGGAGAAAGAGGCAAUAGGAGAGCUCAGCAGAGCAAUUUCAUUCAAAGCUGAUCUCCACUUAUUGCAUCUCCGCGCGGCAUUCUAUGAACAUAUUGGGGAUGUCCCCAGUGCUCUUCGUGAUUGUAGAGCCGCCCUCUCUUUGGACCCGAAUCACCAAGAAAUGCUAGAGCUUCAGAAACGUGUGAACAGCCAAGAACCCUAACGAACUGUGGUGCCUUGUGUAUUGUAUACCACGAUUUAUGCCACGUAGGUUUGACUAGAUUCAUUUUUUUUUUGGUCAUUUUUUGUUAGUGUAAUAUGAUGUUUUCAGCAAGAAGGAAAAAGGGUAUCUAGUUCUUUAAAAGCCAGCAUGGGUAAAGAGCUUAGCACUUGAUGCACAUGGCUUGUGUAAAAGUAAUGGCUAACCACUGAACUGUCUCCUGAAAAAGGAAUUCUUCGUGCAUAUUGGAACUUUCGGGCCCCUAUCUCUGUAUCCAGUUUCCAUAAAGUAAACUUUGCGCUCA